UAUCCGAGCACUUAGCCAGCUCCAUUAGUAGUAUUUUGUGUUCCAUUAGUCGGUAAAUGUGUCACACCUGCAGAGAGGGGAUUAUAAUCCUUACAGCAGUCUUCUAACACCUAUAAAAAUCCCCCUCUGGCGAAUGCACCACAUGCAAACAGGGAAGAAUUCAGAGCUCUGAUGGAAGCGAGCAACAGAAUGAUGGUGCAGCUGUUGAUGCUGGCGUUGGUGGUCCAGGUCACCCUGUCCCAACACUGGUCCUAUGGGUGGCUACCAGGUGGGAAGAGAAGUGUGGGAGAGCUGGAGGCUACCAUCAGGAUGAUGGGUACGGGAGGAGUCGAGUCUCUUCCAGAAGAGGCGAGCGCCCAGACCCAAGAGAGACUUAGACCAUACAAUGCAAUGAAUGACGAUUACAGUCCUUCUGAGCGAAAGAGAAAGUUCCAGAAUAACUGAAGAUAAAAAGGGAGUGUAUUUUCAUCCUCAUCAACACCUGUGAUGUAUCUCCAGAAUGCAGGACGCUGACUUCAACAAAUCAUCACAUUUACGGGACCGAUCAUUCACGUCUGUAACAUUUAAAUCCAUUUAAAAUUGUAAUAAAGUUUUUGAAAUCUGA